GGAAAAUCUCAAUAAAUCCUUCGAGACACUGUGCCCGGAUUUCCGCAGUGAAAAUGGCAAUCGACCAGCCAUCUGCACAUGAAGUCGUUAUUUUCGGCCAAGAUCAGGGAAGAUUUCCCGAUCUCCGCCUUCUCCACUACAACGAUGUCUAUCACAUAGAUGCCUCCUCCGCUGAGCCCGUGGGCGGCAUUGCGCGGUUCAUGACGCUGUCGAAGUAUUACAGGGAUGAUGAUAAAUUUAGGAACCAGGCGGAAUUGCUGACUUUCUUCUCUGGCGACGCUUGGAAUCCGAGUCUGGAAAGUUCCGUCACCAAGGGCUCGCAUAUGGUUCCGUUUUUGAACAACAUCGGCACCGACGCAGCGUGCAUAGGCAACCAUGAUCUCGACUUUGGCGUUAAGCAGUUUCGCAACCUCGCUUCGCAAUGCAAGUUCCCCUGGCUUCUGGCUAACGUUCUAGAUCCUGAACUGGGUGAAAAUGUGCCGCUCGCGAAUUGCUUGCCAACACUUAUGCUCACUUCGUCGAACGGAAUCAAGGUUGGUCUGAUCGGCCUUGCUGAGCGAGAAUGGCUGGAUACUAUUAAUUCACUGCCCCCAAAUUUGAUAUACAAGUCUGCCUCGGCUACGGCCAAGGAACUUGCGCCCAAGCUGAGAGAGCAAGGAGCAGAAAUCAUAAUUGCUCUUACUCAUCAGCGUGAGCCAAACGACAAUAAGCUAGCGGAGAACGUGCCAGAAGGAAUGCUAGAUCUGGUUCUUGGCGGCCAUGAUCAUUUCUACAACCACAGCUUCCGGAAUGGAUGCCACGUUCUGCGCUCGGGUACUGACUUCAAAAACUUGAGCUAUAUUGAGGCGUGGCGCCGCUCAGGUACAGAGGGUUCGGCGUCGAAAUGGGACUUCAAGAUCAUCAGACGUGAUGUGGUGGCAAGCAUUUCAGAGGAUGAGGACUCGGUGGCCUUGGCCAGGAAACUUACGGAAUCGCUUAAAGCGAAACUUGAAAAGCCGAUCGGGUACACGCUUGCCCCGCUGGAUGCUCGAUUUGUCACAGUCAGGACGAAGGAGAGCAACUACGGCAACUUCGUUUGCGACUUGAUGAAGUUCUACUACCAAGGCGACUGCUGUUUGAUAGCUAGCGGAACAAUCCGUGGCGAUCAGAUAUAUGCGCCGGGCAUCAUAAGGUUGAAAGAUAUCUUGGACUGUUUUCCUUUCGAAGACCCCGUGAUAGUUAUCAUGGUAACAGGAGAAGCAUUACUAGAAGCGUUAGAAAACUCGGUCUCAAUGUAUCCUGCGUUAGAAGGGAGAUUUCCACAGGUGUCUGGAAUUGAAAUGGAAUUUGACCCAAAUGUUCCCCGGAUGAAACGCAUCAAAACCGUCCUUAUCAAUGGUCAGCCGCUGGACACCGGUCGGAAGUACAAGUUGGUCACAAGGGGCUACAUGGGUCGUGGAAAAGACGGUUAUGAUGCAUUGCUUGUCAAGUCAGAAGGAGGUGAGUGUGAGGAGAUUGUAAGUGAAGAAAACGGCGUUUUGAUCUCCACGAUUUUACGUCAAUACUUCAUGUCUUUGAAAGUAGUCGAGAAGUGGAGAUCAUGGAGUAAAUCCCUUGGUCGAUGCUUUGGUCACAUACACGAGCAAGUGCACUUGCACCAUCCUGUUGUUGAGCCGAGCAACAGUCCUGGGGCGAGUCCCGUAUCGAUGAACAAGUACCCCAGCAGAAUGAGAGCCAAUGACAAAGCGUUGGAUGAGGAUGAAGACGAAAAUGACUUCACUCCAGUACCGGACAUUGUUGCGGCUCACGAGAGGGAACUUGCGAUCAUGAGAAAGGUGAUGCGAAAGUGGAGAAGGCUGGCUGGACUACCCGGCGAUCCUGCACUGUGUGACAAGAUGGACGAAGGAGAAUUCACGGUCAACUGGACAAAGGCAAUAGCACCACGGCUCGAGGGACGCAUUAAGAUGGUGCAAUCGUGAAAGCUUCCUCAACACCACUCCACCCUGACUCAUGCUCUGCAUUCUAGCAUAAGACUCAAGUCGCAAAAAGACGCUAUCGUUUUGCCUUCCGGAGCCAUUCUUAUGCUUCGAUACUACCUUCCCCUUCCCCUUGGUCUUUGUUCGUGCCGUC